AUUUUGAUCUUCUUUUUUGUUUGACUCCCCUGUUCUUAGCUUCAAACUCUUUAUUUAUUUGUUCUAUAUGGAUUUCUAGACAUUCUUAUACGUAGAUCUCGUAAUUUCUUCAUCCGUUCAUCUCAAAAUCCAUUCAUUUUAAUGAUUGCUGAAGGGAUCCCUCCUUGAUUGAAUCAACCUUCAGUUUUUGCCAUUUGGGUAUGUUUAAUUCAAUCCCAAAUCGAUACCCAUCUCCUGGAUUGUUCAUAUCAUGCGCAAAAUUUCAUAUGGGUCCUCAAAUCCCAAGUCCUUCAAUGCAUAUCCAAGAGGAGGCGACUUCGAUUUAGAAUCAGGAGGAACCCUAAAAAGAAUUCGAAAGCCCAAAAAUCCACCAAUCUAUUUCGUAAGAAUGUUCAAAUCUAUUGGAAAUCGUAUCCAUUACUAUUACAAGCUGCAUCCUGUUAUAGUUUUGUUCAUCUGUUUAUCAAUUGGGGUAACACUUCUCAUGAUCUUGUCGAUGUAUGAAAAUCAUUAUCGGAUGACGAAUUAUUACGGGAAAUUGAAUUUAAAUUCUGAGAGAUUCCCAUUUCCAAAGCUUCGAAAUCUUGUAAUGGUUGCUGGUCACUCUGUUUAUGCAAGUAGUAGCUGUGAGAAAGUUGAGAAGGAAGAUUCGUGGGUUUUGGAAUCGUAUCAGAAGCAUCCAGGCCAAGCUGCUACGUUUGUUUCUCAUAUUAAAGAGGGGAUUGAGAUAGCAGCGAUGGAUGAUGCGGCUUUGUUGCUGUUUAGUGGUGGAGAGACUAGAAAAAAUGCUGGCCCUCGAAGUGAGGCACAGAGUUAUUGGGCUGUUGCUGAAUCAAAAUCAUGGUUUGGUAAUAAAGAGAAUGUGAGAUCAAGAGCACUCACAGAGGAGCAUGCCAGGGAUAGCUUUGAGAAUCUUCUGUUCAGCAUUUGUCGGUUUCGGGAGCUAACUGGAGAGUAUCCUCGAAACAUUACUGUGGUAAGCUACGAUUUCAAAGAGAAGAGAUUUGCAAAUCUCCAUAGAUCUGCCAUUAACUUUCCAAAAUCAAGGUUCUUCUAUGCUGGCACACCAGCUUCAAUGACUUCGAAAGACGCUGCUCUAAAGGGCGAAGCAUUGGUACGAGCUCAGUUCCAAGACGAUCCCUUCGGUUGCCAAGGUUCCCUCUACCGCAAAAAACUCGGAAGAGACCCUUUUCAUCGGUCGAUACCUUAUCCGAACGGCUGCCCUGAGAUUGCUGGCCUUUUCAGAUAUUGCAGACCAGGUCCUUAUCCUGGAUCCCUGCCGUGGACUAAGUGAGUCUUGUACUGCGGACUCAUGAGGUUAGAUCUAACAUUCUUAUUGGCAAUACACACAGCAUUCUAUUCUAAUGGAUGUCUUCACACAACAUUUUGUAGCAUAUAGUGUUUACAUAUACUGCUAUCAUUGUAAGAACCUUCCACGUCUUCCCUAUUACUAUGCAUUCUUAUUUGCUAUUUUA